UGCAUUGCCAGCAGUUUUUCGGAACCAUUACAAAAAGUUCUGGAUUUUACGCGUUGAUAUUCGUUUUAUAUACUUUCAGUUGUAAUGCAAGAUUGUUUUUAGUGUGAUGAAUAAUUAUUAGUGGGUAUUUUAAUCGAAGAAAUCAAUUAUAGUUGAAUGAGAAAUAGCGAAGAUUUCUAAACGUGUGGCUUUUGACGGUAGCCAGAUCGUCCUCUUUUCGGUGAUCUUUGACAUCAGCAAAAAUAACUUCGAAAUUGCAAUGGCCAUUUGUAGCAUUAGUAGCAAUUGAUGUUUUCACGUUUGAACUAGUGUAUAUAAAAGAGAAAUUUUUACUUUCAUGUUAAGCACCUGUUUUGUCAAAUUGCAUUUUCUAUAAACUUCAUCACGGAAGAAGAAGCAGCGAAAUUCUGGAUUGGAUUGUAAGUAGCUAUCCAACUUAACUUGUGGCGUUUGACUUUUCAAUACUGUAAGAAAUUACUUCACAAUCUUGAAAUUCGAUCGGAAUGGAUAGUCCCUGUGAGUCGGAAGGUUCUUUGGACGGUGGAGCAAUGCUCCCCCCAAGUCCAGUCUCUCGCGAACAGCUGCAGAAGCGUAUUGAAAGUCUAACACAACAGAAUAAAGUGCUUAAGGUGGAACUUGAAACAUACAAAAUUCGUGUAAAAGUCAUCCAAGAAGAGAACCGCGCGUUGCGCCAGGCUUCGGUUAUUAUUCAAGCAAAAGCCGAGCAGGAGGAAGAAUAUAUUUCCAACACUUUGUUGAAAAAAAUUCAAGCGCUAAAAAAAGAGAAAGAAACAUUGGCUCAUCAUUAUGAGCGCGAGGAAGAAUGCCUAACAAACGAUUUGUCACGAAAACUUGAUCAACUGCGACAAGAAAAAUGCAAACUAGAACUUACAUUAGAACAGGAACAGGAAUGUCUAGUGAACAAGUUGAUGCGGAAGAUUGAAAAGUUGGAAGCAGAAACGUCAGCCAAGCAAAAUCAUUUGGAACAGUUGCGACGCGAAAUGGUUGAGCUGGAAAAUACUCUAGAACAAGAACAGGAAGCGCUAGUUAAUAAGUUAUGGAAGCGUAUGGAUAAGCUAGAAGCUGAGAAACGUUCACUGCAAAUAAAGCUUGAUCAACCUGUUUCAGAUCCAACAAGCCCAAAAGAAAUUCAUCACCGCAACGAAAAUGGCAAUGACACUGCCUCACAACUAACAGCACACAUUCAAAACCUUCGUUCUGAGGUAGAUCAACUUCGUAGUAACUUAGCCGCUGCUGAAAAAGAAAGUAAGGAAAAAUCUCAACAAUUUGCUCAAGAAGAAAAGUGUAUUCGGGAUGAAAACAAGCGUUUGCAACGAAAGUUACAGCAAGAAGUAGAGCGCCGUGAAGCUCUCUCUCGACAUUUAUCCGAAUCUGAAAGUUCUCUUGAAUUCGAAGAGGAACGACUGUUUAAUGAAAGUGUGUCAGCCUUUGGUGGUAGUAGCAGUAAUCGGCCGCUCAGUCCGGGAGCUCUAACAAGAUGCCACGCUUGCGGACAAUUAGUCACUCGGCGAACAAGCGAAAGAUUCAUCAAGCCAGCUAUUCCGCUUGGCCUCAAUACAUCAGCACCGAAUGUGCUGCACCAUCACAAUAGUAUGGCCGGUCUCUGUAGUAGCAGCGGAAGUGGUACUAGUGGCAAUACUAGCCAUUUUCCGAUGCUUUCCACCAGUGCUGGUUCUGGUAGUGGCGGGGGUGGAGGUUCUUCAAGUGGUGGUGCCACUUCACUCAACAACAGUAUGACGUCGUCCUCAACAUAUAACACUAGCAGCAACGUUUCCUUCGGUGGGAAUUCAUCCUUCGUGCAACCGGCCAGUCCAAUGGAUACUUCAAUGUAUAAGGAAUAAUUGAGCAACUGAUUUUACGUUAAAAAUACGACGAAAUGAUUCGACAUUUGGCUCGCGAACAGUAAGAAUGAGAAGUAGAAGAAAUGAAAGCAAGCAAGUCGAUGUGAAAGGAUUUAUUAACAUUAAAUUCAUAAAGGAUUGUCCUCAUUGUUAAACUGAUUUACUAUUUCUAAUAUCAAUUGUUUACGAAUUAGUCAUUUACAUAUAUUGCAUAUAUUUUGUAAAACAAAAUUCUACAGUUUAAUUGCGCGCAUGGCAGCAGCAAAGUAAUCAUGAAGCGAUAGUACGGUGCACAGAUUUAAACUGUUACAAUUGCAGCCGUGCUUAACGUGAUAAUGUGGUGAAAAGGGGGAUCUCUGGCUAUUAGGUAUGUUGGAUCAAUCUCACUCGUGUAUUAAGAAAUACCCAUGAUGGGGUACUAGCUGAAUUGCUAUUGAACACAUUUAUGAUUCUAUGUUAUCUUAAAACGAGUUAAAUUUAGAGCGGUUUCCGAGGAUAAAGCAGGCAGCUCGAUCUAAGGAUUCAUCCAUUUCAAUGAAGUAACUAAGAAAACCUGCAGAAUGACCUACAACUUUUGAUUUUCAUAUAUUUUUCAUCAAAUGUUUUUCAAUUGAAACGUGCCACAGUACCGCGGCUCCAUUCUUGAUUGAUUUCCAAAGUUAUGAAAAGUUCUAUUUCCAAAAAAAGGUAAAUCAACAUAAAUACAAAAAUACAAUUAUUGGGUUUUAGUUAUACAUAUAUUGAUUUUUAAUUUGCAUCAUCUUAAUGUAGCCGCAUCAUCUUAAGUGUCCCAAAAUAUCACCAGUUUACCACAAUAAACACUAUUACCGUACCAAGAUUGCGACCGUAAUAAUAUAAAGACGUUUUUUGCCAAUGGAAGUCGUACUACAUUAUAAUAAAACGCUGCAAAAAUACAGCCUGAAAUUUAUUAUCUACUACUAGAGGAGUUAUAAGAUGUUGCUAGUUAUCGUAACCAGACGUAAAACUAAAAUAAAGAUAUAUGGAAGUGUGAACAGUCGACUGCCUAUGAAGGUGAAAAUAUUGUAUACGCAUUCAAAUGCACAGAUGCCUCUUGAAUAAUUUCGAAAGAUUUUAGAAUAAAAGUAAGGCGUGAUGUAUUUCAUUUAACCGCAUCACGAUUGAUAGUUUUGCAGCUUUUCAAAUUUUGCAGAUUAACAAGCGAUAGGAAAUGAGGUACUUACUUACGCGUCAACCACAGAGGAUGAAAAGUUAUUAUUUUGUUAUAAACAAAUGUGCGUUAUAAAAAAAUUCGCAUCGCUUAUAUAAUAUCAAAAUCAUAGAUUUAAAACAAGAGAAAAUGAAAAUACAUAUGAUUGAACUUACCUACCUAUCUCGAACAAUAUCAGAUGUGAAAAACAUAAUACAAAAGCAUUGAAGCAAUGAACGCAUUAUUGACUGGAAACUCAGAAAAUAAUUUUAGAGUUCAGAAUGAACUACAUGCGGAUUUCACAUGACAUAGCUAAAUCGGUAGUCAUCGUGCAAAAUUGGAAUCAAAUUAUAUUGGCAUAGGUAGCAUAAAACUAGUUUCACAUAAUUACAACUUGAACAUUGAUAAACAGCUGCAAGUUUUUUUUUUCUAUUUUCUCUCAGUGAUUGAUGAUAGUAGUUAUUGUUUAACUAUGAACGCAAAUAGCAUCUAAAAAUAAAUUUUAAAAGGCAAUGGAAUAACUGAAUGGUUUUAUUUUGAAUUUUGGUCGAAAAGUUGUCUGAUGAUUUAGAUCUUCAGUAGCAAUAAAGGUACCAGGGAAAUACUGUCGGAGUGUAUUCAUUUAAAUCACUGAAAUUAACAGUAGUAUAUCAACCCGAUUGUGCCAGAUCGGUGCAAAAUCAGGUGUUUAAAUUAUUCAAUGACGUGUCCAUUCGUCUUUGUUCAAAUUUAUUCCUAAAAAUCUGAUAGUUUGUAUUGUGAAUUCAAAUGCUUUGUAGCAAAAAAAAUGAGAAAAUAUUUGUGAUCACUUCACGUGAAGUUUUUAUUUUGUAUGUGGAACUUAUAGAAAUCAACUCGUAUGACGACUUACUUUACAUAUUUCAGUCACCGAGAUAGAUAAUUAGCAAAAUCGUACUCCGUCUUGCAAAAAUAAAUCCUUACUCAACCCGAAUAGAAUACGUACUGAAGCAUAAUCGUUUGUUUUAUCUGUAUCAGCUUACGCUCUAUUAUUAUUUUCACAAUACAGGAACAUUGA